AUGAUUGCUCUCUGGAUCACCGUCGCGAUAUACAACCUAGCUUUGAUUCUCUGCAAACUGUCCAUCGUCGUCCAGUGCUACCGCAUCUUUCGAACAUCAAAAGUCCAGAAGUUUCUCAGAGUCUACUUUGUCAUCCUCGUCAUAUAUGGGCUGUGGGCCUUCUUCAGCUCGAUUUUCGUGUGUAUACCUGUCGCCGCAUACUGGGGCGCCACCAUUGGCAUCACGGGUCGAUGCAUGGACCGGAACGCCGUCACGUUCUCCAACGCCGCCCUCAACAUUGUCAGCGACUUUGCCAUUGUUGCUGUCCCCAUAACGCUCUUGCGAAAAUUACAAAUACCGAGAAAACAAAAGUAUAUCCUGAUGUGUGUCUUUGGCGUCGGCAUCUUCGCAUCUGUCACGUCCAUUGUCCGACUUCACUCGCUGUACCUGAUUGGCAGGACUCCGUUCGACAAGCAGUCAAUCGCUGGAGUCGACAUCGCCAUCUGGUCCUGCAUCGAGGUCAAUGUCGGCAUCAUGUGUGCUUCCGUCCCCGCUCUCAAGCCCAUGGUCGCUCGCGUCUUCCCCAAGCUCCUCCUCUCCGACAUCUACUCGCGCACCAAGCGCUACUACGGACACAGUGGCGGAUCAGGGAACCAUGGCGGCAGUCGCGGCCGCAAGGAUCCACGGUCAGGUGGCGGAGGGACUGAUGCCAUAUCCUCGAAGCAGCAGGAGGACAGCGGCGGCUCGACAAGCGCCAGCAAGGCCGAGAUCAAGGUCAUACAGUCGUUUGAGAUGAAGAGCAUUCCCGGGGGCACGAGCAAGGACAGCGCUAGUGGUGACGGCAAGGACAGCCGGGACGGCAGUGAGAAUGGGCUGGUGAACAGCUCGUGGCAGGCGGAUUGCUACACGACGAUUGGGCAUAACAACCGAAUGGUUAAGGGUAGAGAACUGGUUUGA